CCGGGCUGCUGAAUCGUCAGUCUGGGCCUCUGUCAGCUGACACGUUUUGCGUCACCUCAGAAAUUUGGGAAAUAGGUUGGCUCGUGGAGCCCUCACUGCCGUUCAUUCAAGUGCCGACGCCGGAUUUUAGCCGUCUUCUCCAGUCUCGGGGAGGUUUUUAUUCCGUUAAGGACUUUGACGACAUGGCAGCGACCUCACAGCAGAAUAUGCCGACAGAUGGAGUGUUUACGCCGGGCGCCCUUGAGUGGACCACUGACGGAAACUUCACUUCCUUGUGCCCUAAUGGGUCCAAAUGGGUUUGGGAAGGCCUUGGGGAAUGUGCCCAGGAUGCGAGGGACAUGGCUAGCAUCUACCUAGGUCUCCUGUCCAUCCUCUGCUUCAUGGUGUCUUCGCUUCCUCAGUAUUACAGCUCAUGUAAAACAGGGAAUAUGGACAGCGCCCUUUCUAUCUGGUUCCUGCUGCUGUGGCUGGGAGGUGACACCUGCAAUCUGGUGGGCUCGUUCUUGGCAGACCAGCUUCCACUUCAGACAUAUACAGCCGUUUAUUACGUUAUAGCUGACUUGGUGAUGCUGGGCAUGUACUUUUACUACAAGAUAAGGAACAAAGUGAUUGAAAGCAGGAGGGUUUUGCAUGUGGUCGGUGUAGCCUGUGUCCUGGGCUUCACCACAAGCCUCGCUCACCUCCCCGGGUUAGGCACCCAACAGGAAAUAAUUCCUUCUGGGUUCAGGAGUCGGGCCUUGCUUGCAACCUCUGACGUUGGCCAUAUCAGGGCUUUUACCCCUAAAGAGAUUAUUGGUUUCUCUAUCGGCUCAGUGUCGUCAGUGCUUUACCUCUGUUCCAGACUUCCCCAGAUGUACACCAAUUUCAAGAGGAAGUCGACAGAGGGAGUAUCUUACUUCCUGUUCGCACUGAUCAUCCUGGGAAACACCACAUACGGCCUGAGUGUCCUGCUGAAGAACCCUGAUGAGGGCCAGGGCGAGAGCAGCUACCUGGUGCAUCACCUGCCCUGGCUCAUCGGCAGCCUCGGCACCCUCUCGUUAGAUCUCAUUAUCUCCAUCCAGUUCAUGAUUUACCGCAAAGCAAAGGUGGAGGUGGCUGACGGUCGCGAUGAGACAACGCCUCUGAUCGGGAGCUAAACCAACACACCGAGAGUGUACUGGUGGGACACGAGCAGACACUCACUUUCAGUGAACCCUCAAAAACAGAUUUCCACCAAAAUCAGGACGAAGAAAUUGUACAUUUUAUUUAGAUUUUAUAGCUUAAUUUAUUAUGCUCUUUUUUAGAUGUUGACUAUGAGUUUUUAUCUGCAAUUGUAUCAUGACAGAUGGGUUCAGCUGCAGUGAUGUGAUUUGCACUGCUCGCAAUGUUCGAGUAUUAAAUGGACGAUUGAAGUUCGUGUGUCGGACGCGGAUGGAUGCUCCCCCUGUCAACCUGAGCUCCAUCUGCAGAUGUUAGGUCCCAACUUCAAUGUCAUGUCAGACCUCAUAUAGAUGUCAGAAACCUGCUGGCGGGGGUGACCAGACCACACAGAGGUUUCUCUGACAUUAUUCAAAUGAUUUUUAAGUUGCCAAAUACUUUGACAGUUAUGACACUGAUCACGUGAUGAAGCUUGUCUGAUCUUGUGUCCAGUGUUGAACUCCUGUAAGGUGAAUCUUUUGUUUUUUGGACUUGAGUGAUGUGGCUGAUUGGAAAAGACAGAAGAAAUGUUUUUUAAAACAUUUACAUGUGUACAAGUUGUAUUUAGUCCAUUUUUAAUUCAAUGUUUACACCAAGUGCUGUAUUUUUCAAAUACAGACGCUUGACUACUUUCAUUUGCACUGGUGUGAAAAGUCACAUCACUUAAAGGGACAGUUCACCUCGAAAUCAAAAAUAUAUAUUUUCCCCUCUCACCUGUAGCACUAUUUAUCCACCUAGAUUGUUUUGGUGUGAGUUGCCAGCCGUAGCGAUUCUCUAGAAUAUAACGGAACCUGUGUUGCUCAAAGUGCCAAAAACUACAUUUGAAAAACUCAACCGCAGCGUCUCUUCCCAGAAGUCAUGAACCAGUUACUUUAGAUAAUCCACAGACCUUGCUGUGAGCAGUUUCAUGUUGGAACGAUUUUCUUUCAACCGAACUACACCCGGCAACGGUGUGGCUGUUCAGGAGGAAGCCAGCAUCUCCUCAGGUAACGUUAGCUCGCAGAAUCGGUUAGCUGUAGAAUAACCUCCACAAGCCAGAGACGUCAUACUAGCAUUAGAGGAGCUGAUCUCCCCAAAACUCUACAACUCGCACCAAAACAGUCUUGACUGAGAAAUAACACUGCAGGUAAGAGCAUGGAAGUGCAUUUUUGAUUCUGGGGUGACCUGUCCCAUUAACACCUGUUUUCACUACCGUGUUUAAUUUUUUUUUCAUUCUUACUGUUUUGCACAACAAAAAUUGGUUUUGUACUUUGGGAAUUGUUCAAUAUGUUCAGUAGGUCAGUGUGCUGUAAAAUUAAACAAAUGA